AUGUCUACUUACGUGGCUGUAUCGUUUCUGUGGCAUGAACGUAGCAGUGCUGCGAGACUGAAGCUUAAAUUUCUAGCUUUGAACUUGAAUUUACAAACCUUGUUUCUUCUAGUCGGAUUAUGGCAUAUAUGGUCUUCUGUGGUGAGAUAUGCAUCAAGCCCUAAGACAUUCCAAGUUCGUGUCUGGAAUCCCGUACCAGGAUUUCAUGGGAGGAUCAAGCACUUGGAACUCUAUUUUAUUUCAAUUGGUGUUUUCAUUAGUUUGUGCGUUGAACUUUUAAUUGGAACACAACUCAAGAUUUUUGAUGGUGGAAUCUUGAAUGCUACUUACUUGAAUAACUUCGAGCACUCUGGAACGAUGCUGUUCUCUUUUAUCUUCGGUUUUGUUACCCUGCUAUCAGAAAAUACAAGAUAUGUUACCGUGCCAGAAGGUGCUCUAUGUUUCAUUUUUUCCACAGCAUUCAGUACAGAGUAUAUUUUAUUUUACUAUCACUCAACAACACACAUAGGUCUAGAAGGCUAUUAUCAUAUCCUCCUUGGCUUUCUGGUUCGUCUUUGCAUUUUAUCUACAAUUGCCGGAGCACUUCUCCCGACCAGUUUUCCGGUAGAUUUAUGUAGUAGCAUCACCAUAACGCUACAAGGAAUCUGGUUAUAUCAGACAGCCUUUGUUCUCUACGGUCCUAUGCUACUGGCCGGUUGUACCAUGAGGGACAAUAUUAUCACGUGUCAUUCGAAUGAGAGCGAGAUUCAUGGCGAAUUGCUUGCUAAUUUUCAGCUCUUUUUUGCAGUCCUUGUUGUUCUUGUAGGAACUACAGCUUCCUAUGGCUUUGCAGCUUCAAGAUAUGGGAAUUUUGAAGAAGUUGCUCCUAAUUAAGGGUUUGAUUAGAUUAAGAAUGAAUUAGACUUUAA